AUGUCAGACGAUUACGAGGCUGAGGAAUGGUAUAUCCUGAACGAUAAGAAGGAAAACAAGGGUCCUUUCUCCCUUCGAGACAUAGAUGCAUUGUACAAGACCAAAUCCAUUGUUUCUAAUUCAUUAGUCUGGAAGGAUGGUAUGGAAGAAUGGAAAGCACUUUAUGAAGUAGAUACUCUUAAAGCUCUCCUUAAUGAUGCAGUAGAAGAAGCAGAUAAUAUACCAGCCAUCACAGAGCAGAACGAGCAGCAAGAACCGCCGAAAGAGCCUCAAGAGGAGACCAAAGAAGAACCUCAAGAAGAAAAUGCUCAAGAAAUUGAUGCAGAAGAGCUCGAAAAAUUGGCUAACAAAGCAUUAGACAACAUCGAAGGAAGAGACCUCCUCGACAAAAACGAUGAGGAUCUUACCGAAGAACAAAAACAAUUGAAAUACAAGCUUCUUAGAAAAGAGAAGAAAAAGAGGUACAGAAAGAACAAGUCUAAAAAGAAGUGGUAUAAGGCCAAAAUUAAUAGCAAUAUCUAUAUCGGUGGGCUUCCUCAGGACAUCACUGCAGAAGAGAUCGAGAACCACUUCUCUAAAUGUGGAGCUAUCAGGAUAGAUCCUAAUACAGGUUUGCAUAAGAUCAAGCUGUACAAGAACGACGAUGGGACUAAUAAAGGCGAUGCCUUACUUUCCUUUGAGAAUCUAGAAAGUGUAGACACAGCAAUAGAGAUGCUCCAUCAAAGCAACAUAAGACAUGACGCUGUUAUCACAGUUGAGAGAGCCCAUUUUGAGCAAAAAGGAGAGGAAUACAGGGAACGAAAGAGGCAGAAAAUUGACGAAGUAGAGAAAAAGAGAAUCCAAGCUGAAAAAGAAAGAAGAUUUGCCUGGAAUGAAGAGCAAGCCUCCAGCAUCGGACUAAAAAUUGUUAUCCUCAAGCAUAUGUUCGAUCCAAAUGAAGCUCCUAAAGAUGAUGAGGCUAAAUCGAAUGAAUUCUUCCAAGUCAUUGAGCAAGAUGUAGCUCAAGAAGUUCAAAACCAGUGAGGAAAGAUCGAAAAAAUUGAGCUCUUCAGAGAUAACCCAGAAGGAGUGAUCAAAAUCAAGUUUGAAAAUCCCCUUAGUGCAGAGCAGUGAGUUGACAAAUUUAAUCAAAGAGUAUUCGAUGGUCAAGAAAUAGAAGUCAUAUUCUGGGAUGGAAAGACGAACUACAAGAAAGUCAGCGAGACAACACAAGAAGUAGACAAAAGAGUUGAUGAGUUUGGAGACUGGCUCGACGACCAAGCUCUUCCAGAAGAGCUUAAAAUCAAGAAGCAAUCAUCUGGACCUGAAGAAGUCAUCGAAACCUCUGAAAAAGUCGUUGAAGCUCCUGAAGAGAGUACUACUAAACCUGCAGAGGGCGAAUAAUUGCAUU